GAUAGCCUUCCUCAUUCUCGCAACAGCCACUGGACGGGGACUGGUAGACCGAAGCUUCACCUCCACCUGACCAUCUCUCAGCUGACUUACACUCUUUAAAGCCAGUAUAAUCCAAGGCAGUGUGGGGCGCGCUUUUGAAGUUCCCUCCAGCAGCAGCAGAAGCCCCAAGUGGACGAAAGUGAGAGCGCGGGAGGGAAGAUCACGUGACCGAGGCCCUCAUUGAUAUAAAUACGAGCGGAGCACAGAAGUCUUCCUCUUUUCCACCUAACCAGUUGGAGUGGGAGGACCAACGCCGCCAUGCCCGAGUCCGCCGCGGCAUACACUAACGGCCACGCCGAUGGGGAGGGUACUAGUGAGGGCAAGGACAUGGAGACCUUCCUUUUCACCAGCGAGAGUGUCGGAGAGGGCCACCCAGAUAAAAUUUGUGAUCAGGUCAGCGAUGCCGUGCUUGACGCUCACCUCAGAGUUGACCCCGAUGCCAAGGUUGCAUGUGAGACCUGCACUAAGACUGGCAUGAUCCUGCUGUGUGGAGAGAUCACUUCUAAGGCCAACAUAGACUACCAGAAGGUUGUGCGUGACACUAUUAAAAAGAUUGGCUACGAUGAUUCCAACAAAGGGUUUGACUACAAGACUUGCAAUGUUCUUCUGGCACUGGAACAACAAUGUGUCGAGAUUGCUAAUGGGGUUCACAAAGGCCGCAACGAGGAUGACAUAGGAGCAGGAGACCAGGGCCUCAUGUUUGGCUAUGCCACCGAUGAGACAGAAGAGUGCAUGCCCCUCACAGUAGUGUUGGCUCACCGCCUCAACCAGAAGAUUGCUGAGCUGCGCCGAGAUGGAACUUUCUGGUGGGCCCGGCCUGACACCAAGACACAGAUCACUUGCGAGUACACAUUUGACCAUGGAGCUGCCAUCCCUCGACGCAUACACACAGUGGUGGUGUCUGUGCAGCACUCUGAGAAGAUCACAACAGAAACUCUGCGUGAAGAAGUCAUGGACAAGGCCAUAAAGGCAGUCAUUCCAGAGAAGUACCUUGAUAAUGAGACCAAGUACCACAUCAACCCCUGUGGUCUCUUCAUCAUCGGCGGCCCUCAGGGUGAUGCAGGUCUCACGGGACGCAAGAUUAUUGUAGACACAUAUGGAGGCUGGGGUGCACAUGGAGGUGGCGCUUUCUCUGGGAAGGAUUACACCAAGGUGGAUCGCUCUGCAGCCUAUGCUGCGCGCUGGGUGGCAAAGUCCCUCGUCAAGAAUGGUAUCCUCCGACGCUGCCUUGUCCAGGUGUCUUAUGCUAUUGGUGUUGCUGAGCCAGUGAGCAUCAGUAUAUUCCAUUACGGCACGUCCCAGUACACCUCCCAGCAGCUGCUCAAGAUUGUUAACCACAACUUUGAUCUCCGACCUGGCCGCAUCGUGAAGGAGCUCGGUCUGAAGCGGCCUAUCUACAGCGAGACCUCCUGCUACGGACACUUUGGACGGGAGCAGUUCCCUUGGGAGCAGCCCAAGAACUUGACACUGCCGCCAGUUCUAUAGGUGACCAAGUAGUGUUGCUACCAUCCUAGGCUUAGCUGUAGGUGUGCUGCAGGCAGCCCCGGUAGGCCAGCACUCAUGAGGGUGCUGGAGCUUGCCGGGGCUACACUGGGGUGUGGGUGUGUCACGGGCAUUGGGGGCGGCGCUCCUCCCUAAACUCCUUCAGGGUGGCCAGCGCCACCGGCUCCUGCUGGUGGAAGGUGGCCACCCUUGGGUGGGGCAGCGGGACUCCCGUUGAUGUCUCAGGCUGAGGGCCCCCGGGAGGCGACCACAGUGCUGGGCGGGGGCGGGGACGGCUCUGUUGUCAACCCUCCCCCCCCUGAGCUCUGCGCUGCAAAUGUGUAGGAAGAGCAAGAUUUCCUCUAGAGUUUUUAAUAUAAAGUUUCUACGCAUUUGUGUUGUGUUUACGAAAAUUCUAAUGGAAAAGAGCAUUUCCUUAAACACUCCGGUGGUCUCUAGGGGCUGGUGCUCCCUCAGACCUGAGGCUGCACCAGCUUUUACUAUAUCUAAAAAAAAAUGUUUUAGAAGUGUAUCAUUUAUAUUUAUUAUGAACAAUUUGAUGUAUGCAAGGCACUUUGACUUGUACCAAGAAAAUAAAUAGUGAGAUGAUUA